CUUUUUAUCUUGGAUGUUUACUCAACUUAACUUUCAUAAUCAAUUAAAUGUAUAAAAAUCCUGCAUGCGAACUAUUAAGCCAAGUAUAGCUAGGUUCUUACUCAUUAUUCAACAAAAAAUAUCCGAUAAAACCCGAAGUCUCAAGGUUUAACAGACAGCUGCUGUAUCGCCUGCCGCGCGAAAAUUAAAAUACUCAGUCCGUAAAACGCCGCAGACGGGUUGCGUCGAUCCGGUUUAUUCUCGCGCCAAAAUCGCGGGAAUCUGUAUGUUUAUCUAUGACAAAAGAAACGCGAGAUACGAGUACAAAUAUGUAUGUUUAGUUUUUUUAACUAGCCAGAAUGUCGGUAAAUUUUAAUAAUAAUGAGGAGUUGGAGCCUCUUAUGCGGUCCAGCCAAAGAGCUGAUGGACCUCGUCGUUCCGUGUGGCUGGCCGUGGAAUUGCCACUUUUUCUUUUGCUAUUCAGUUCAUCUCUCACAGACACCGUGACAUACAACCUCCUUCUAUACCGCACCUGCAUAGUCGAGCUACAGCACAACUCAACAAAGUGCGCUCUACUCAACAUCCUAAACAAGACCGGCGAGGCCAAAGACUUGGAGACUGAGGUCCAAUCCGAGGCCUCUAUUCUAGUGACAAGUAUAUCAGUCUUUAGCAGCAUUAUGCCGGCUAUACUGGCUGUGUUUUUAGGGUCCUGGUCUGAUAAGUAUGGAAGGAAGCCGUUGGUGGUUUGGCCUCUUUUAGGACAGUUCCUAUCUGCUGUAUUAACAGUUAUAUUCAGCACAGUUCAAUAUUUAAGUGCAUAUUGGUUUAUUCUAUGCAUUAUGCCGUUUGCCAUGCUUGGCGGAUUCAGCACAAUCAUAUUGGGAGCUAAUCUGAUCACUACAGAUAUCACUAAUGAGGAGGAUAGAUCCUUCAGGUUGGCACUUAUACAGGGAUGCGGGUUUGCCGGUGUUUUAACAGGAACCAUAGCUUCAAGCUACAUAUACGAUUUCAUGGGCUAUACUCUCUUGUUUACGUUAUCAGCUGCCAUUUAUUUCUUCACAUUAUUAUAUACCAUCGUGUUGGUCGAAGAGACUUUGGUUAUAGCUGAGAGAGGAGGUCUUUGCAAAAUCUUCAAUUGUAACCUCAUCAAAGACAUGUGCCGUACGUGUUUCAAGAAGAGAGACCUUAGUAUUACUGCUAUAUUGAUCAUCCUUAUUACCGCUUUUGGAAUCACCAUGUUCUGUAUAUUCGGGAUUAGUGCCGUGGACUAUUUAUUCACGAGACAGAAGUUCCAAUGGCUUCUCAAGGAGUAUUCCACAUUCUGUGCUGUUAACAUCAUUAUAGGACUUAUCGGGAUGUUUGUUGGGAUGUCGUUUUUCCAAUCCUACUGCAAGAUGUCGGAUGGUAUGCUUCUUAUUUUGUCCUACGUGUCGUCUAUUUGCGAUGCGACUGUAAGAAGCUUGUCCCAAAAAUCCUGGCACUUGUAUCUGGCGGGAAUGAUGUCCAUACUAGGAUGUUUAUCACCUCCACUAAUCCGGUCACUGAUCUCCAAAGUGCUGCCCAAAGGCGAAGUAGCCAAGAUGUAUUCUCUAGUCAGUUGCGUAGAAGCUGCCAUGCCGAUAUUUGCCCCCGUUUUGUUCAAUUGGGCGUAUUACCGCACCUUAGCAGUGUUCCCUGGGUUUAUAUAUGUUAUAUCUGGAGGAUUGUUCAUGGUGUGUCUCAUACUGGUAAUAAUCGCCAAUAUUCUUUACUAUAGGAUAGUGAAAAAUCGAAGUCAAAUCAACUCCCUCCUUGAAUAAGAUGUUUGUACUGCAAAUUAAUAAUGUCAUAAAAUGUGCAUUAUAACAGUCUACAUAAAUCUCAUAUUAUGCUUAUGAUGCAUUGUUGUAUAUGAUAAGGUAACUCAGUACGAAAAAUCUAUGUCGAGAACUCGUAUCAAAUCAAGUCUAGAUAUAUUGAAUUAAUUGUUAUAUUAGUACAAAAUGGUCUUAUUGGUUCUAGAGAUUUCAGUUUAUUUUAUUUAUUAAGUUUAAACUUAUAGUUCAUUCAUUAUACGAAACUUAUUUGGAACCAUCUUAUAGUUGUUUAGAAUAAGCAAAUUGUGAUAUAAAAUCAGUACAUAUCAAGAAUCUUAUGUUAUAGGUAUAGGUAGAAAAGUAUAUUAGGUAGCAGUGGCGGAUCGUUCAAAGAACCUGAUUCCCAACGGCUGGCUUGUCUGAUUUCAGCCUGUUUAGUACUUUCACGAUCGGUUCAUGGAGAAAAGGAAAGCAUAAUUAGCUCCGGGUUCCCUACGAAUAUUUGUGACGCGCCGCCACUGUUAGGAAGUAGGUCUACUACAUAAUUACCCACUUUUAUUGAAAUAUUAUAUCAUGUAAAGAAACUAUAAUAUUACUGCCAGUAUUUGAUGAAAUACUAUAAAUAAAAAGCCCCUUAUAUAUGUAGUAGUUACAUGCAAAAGAGGCUUUGUCAUAGUUAUUACUCUAAUCUUAAUCUAGUUUUAGGAUAUCGAAUAAAACAACGAAUACUAUAAAACCAUGUCUUAAUACAAUCACACAGACAAACAUACACAUUGACUUAAUAUUAUUAUACUUACAAUAACAAUACAAGUAACACAACGCCUAAACCAUAAAAAUACAUUUAAAAACUUUGUACAUAAGUAUCGGUAAAAAAAAGAUAACCGGAAGAAAAUAUAAAAUCUUGGGUUCAAGUAGAUAUAUACAAAUAGGUAUCUACUUCAUUAUAUUGAAAAAAUGUUUUACAGUAGGUAUGGACAAUUGAGUGUGCAUAAAUACUUAAA